CGGUCCCCUGUCAGCUAGCUAGCCGAGCCCGUUGCCGAGCUAAGUGGAUUUGAAUACUGUACGAACAGUAGUAAUAACGAGAAAAAGUACAAUAGCAAGUGACAUAAGAAUAAAAUUAAAAAGCAGACCUUUUCUUGCAACCUGGAUGGAAUAAUCGGCAUCAUCCUCUAUUUUUAAACGCACGCAAAGAGGCAGGCAGCUGCUAAUCUGAAGCAAACGGCCAUUCAGCCUUCCUUCUUCUCCUCCUUUUUUUCCUCGCUAUGGAUUCCUUCAAAGGUGGGAUGAAUUUGGAACGGCUUCCUGACAAUUUAAGACCUCCCCAAGCUUCCCACGACAUGGCUUCCAGCUUCCAUUUGCAGCGAUCUUCCGAAGCCAGAGAACCCUUGGAGAAUUCGGCCAGCGAGUCGUCCGACACCGAAGUACCAGAAAAGGAGCGAAGCGGUGUGCCGAAAAGCGACGACGGCAGCGCAGACGACCCGGCCAAGAAGAAGAAGCAGAGGCGUCAAAGGACUCACUUUACCAGCCAGCAGCUGCAGGAGCUGGAGGCCACUUUCCAGAGGAACCGCUACCCGGACAUGAGCAUGCGGGAGGAGAUCGCCGUAUGGACCAACCUCACGGAGCCCCGCGUCAGGGUGUGGUUCAAGAACCGGCGCGCCAAGUGGCGGAAGCGGGAGCGCAACCAGCAGAUGGACCUGUGCAAGAACGGCUACGUGCCCCAGUUCAGCGGCCUGAUGCAGCCCUACGAGGACGUCUACGCGGGCUACCCGUCCAACUACUGGCACGCCAAGAGCCUGGCGCCGGCGCCGCUCUCCUCCAAGAGCUUCACCUUCUUCAACUCCAUGAGCCCGCUCUCGUCGGCCCAGUCCAUGUUCUCGGCGCCCAGCACGCUGCCCUCCAUGAGCAUGCCCUCCUCCAUGGGCCACGCGGCCGUGCCCGGGGUGCCCAACUCCGGCCUGAACAACCUGAGCGGCUCCUCGCUCAACACGGCCAUGCCCUCGCCCGCCUGCCCCUACGGCCCGCCGGGCUCCCCGUACAGCGUCUACCGGGACACCUGCAACUCCAGCUUGGCCAGCCUGCGGCUCAAGUCCAAGCAGCACUCGAACUUCGGCUACGGGAGCCUCCAGAGCCCGGGCUCCACGCUCAACGCCUGCCAGUACAACAGCUGA